CAAUUCUUCUCAAUGGGAAGCCAAAUGAAGAAGCAAUUUGCUUGUGCUUUGGCAUUUUUCUUGAUUGCCACAUGCACUAUGGCAUAUUCACCUUAUUCUUAUGAAUCAUCAGAUUCAACCUACCAUAAAGUACCAACCACAGUAGUCAAAAGUGAAGACUUCAAGGCACCCUCAGAGUCGGAAAAGGAAUAUAAGGAGUCAUUUUUGCCAAAAAAUGAUUACUACAAGAAGCCAUUAGUUUCAGAAGAUAACUAUAGGAAAGUACCGUCCGUUCCCGAACAGGAAUACAAGGUUCCAUUCUUGCCAAAGAAUGACUACAACAAGAAGCCAUCAUUUUCAGAAGAAAACUACAAGAAGACGUCAGAUGUUCCAGAGGUACCCUCGAUGGUUAAACCAGAAUAUAAGGAGUCAUUUUUUCCAAAAUUUGACUACUUCAAGAAGCCAUCAGUUCCAGAAGAUAACUACAAGAAGGCGUCAUAUGUUCCAGAGGUACCCUCGAUGACUAAACCAGAAUAUAAGGAGUCAAUUUUUCCAAAAUUUGACUACUUCAAGAAACCAUCCGUCCCAGAAGAUAACUACAAGAAGGCGUCAUAUGUUCCCAAGGAACCCUCGAUGGCUAAACCAGAAUAUAAAGAGUCAUUCUUACCAAAAUUUGACUACUUUAAGAAGCCAUCUGUUUCAGAAGAAAGCUACAACAAAGUACCAUAUGUUUCAAAGGUGCCCUCAGUUUCUAAAGAAGAAUACAAAGUGCCUUCUUUGUCAAAAAAUGAUUACUACAAGAAGCCAUCAGUUCCAGAAGAUAACUAUGAAAAGGUCUCAUAUGUUCCAAAGCUACCCUCAGUGCCUAAAGAAGAAUACAAGGUGCCUUCUUUGUCAAAGAAUGACUACUACAAGAAGCCAUCAAUUCCAAAAGACAACUACAAAAAAGUGUCAUAUGUUCCAAAGGUGCCUUCAGUGCCUAAAGAAGAAUACAAGGUGCCUUCUUUGCCAAAGAAUGAAUACUACAAGAAGCCAUCAACUCCAGAAGAUAACUACAAGAAGGUCUCAUCUGUUCCAGAAGUACCCUCAAUGCCUAAACCAGAAUACAAGGUGCCGUCUCUGCCAAAAAAUGACUACUUCAAGAAACCAUCACCUUCUCCAUCACCACCACCUCCUUAUUACCAUGAAUCAUCUUCAACACCUUCUCCAUCACCACCUCCUCCAUAUUAUUAA